AUGGCUGGGCUAACAGAAAGUGAUUGUAUAGAAGAGGAGAGAAAAGCACUACUCGAAAUCAAAGCUUCCCAUAUGAAGUCAUAUGAUUCCGAAAUUGACCAUUUUCUCCCUACUUGGGUUGAUUAUGACAGUAGUACCCCUGGGGAUACGGGCUGCAACUGUUGUGAUUGGGAGAGAGUCAACUGCAACACAACCACCGGACAUGUCACAGAUCUUUCUUUGUACAAUUUGAGAGGGGUGGAGGCUGAGAGCAAGUUUUGGCCAUUGAAUGUUUCCUUGUUUCUUCAUUUUAAGGAGUUGAGAAGUCUCAAUUUGUCAUAUGAUUAUCUUGAUCAUAAAGCGAUUAUGAAGACAGGGCUUGAAAGGUUGUCGAGCUUGAACAAGUUGGAGAUACUAGACCUCAGUUUCAAUACUGAUAUUGAUAACGACAUCCUUCCAUCAUUGAGAAAAUUCACUUCACUCAAAGUAUUGGAUCUUAGUUACACUGGAUUGAAUGGGAACUUCCCUAUCAAAUUUGCUGCUUUAGAGAACUUGGAGAUGUUGGAUCUAAGCUACUGUGGCUUCAAUGGUAUCUUUGAGAUUCAAGGUUCUGAGAGGGUUUCCAUAUUCAGGAAGUUGAAAACUUUAAAUCUUGGGUCCAACAAGUUCAAUGAAAGCAUUGUAACAUUUUUAAAUACCCUUUCAUCGAUUACAAGCUUGGAUAUUAGCAACAAUCCAAUGUCAGGACCAUUUCCUGCUCAAGAAUUAUCACAUCUGAAAAACCUGGAGGAGCUGAAUUUAAGGUAUACCGGACUUGAUGGCACACCCAAUUUCCAAGGUUGUAAGAGCUUAUCAAGAUUGAAAUGGCUGGAGAGUAUAAAUCUUUCAGAAAACAAUUUCAACAAGAGCAUCAUAUCAUGCCUAAGUGUCCUCCCAUCCCUCAAGAUUCUUGAUCUUGCAUCUUCUAAGUCAUUGGGAGGUUCCUUUCCCAUCCAAGAAUUCCUUCAUUUGUCUGAUUUGGAAGUCCUCAUCUUGAGAGGUAACAAUUUCAAUGGAACGAUACCAAUCGAAGCUUUUGCAUCUUUCCACCAUCUGGAUGUCUUAGAUUUGAGUCACAACAGUUUUAUUGGAAGCAUCCCAUCAACAAUACAAACAUUAGCUUCCCUAAGAGCUGUCUCAUUCAGUUACAAUAAUCUUAAUGGCUCAUUACCUUAUCAUGGGUUUUGUGAGUUGAAGAACCUCCGUGAGUUGGAUCUUAGUAACAACAUGCUCCAUGGAACUCUGCCUCAGUGUUUGAAAAAUCUAACAUCUCUUAACUUGUUGGAUAUUUCUUCAAAUCGAUUCACUGGAAAAAUUGUGCCAUCACUCAUUGCUAAUCUUACAUCGCUUGAAUACAUUGAUUUUAGUCAUAACAUAUUUGAAGGUUCAUUCUCCUUCAGCUCGUUCUCCAAUCAUUCAAAGCUUGAGGUAAUUCGAUUUUCAAGCGACAAUGACAGAUUUGAGGUGGAAACGGAAGAGCCUAUAGGUUGGAUUCCAACGUUCCAGUUGGAAAUUAUUAAGCUAUCUAAUUGUAAUAUGAAAAUACGUAAAGGACGUGCUAUCCCUGGGUUUCUAAUUCACCAACACAAAUUACACACAGUAGACUUGUCUCACAACUCCUUGGAGGGACACAUCCCAAAUUGGUUGAUCAAAAAUAAUAUGAAUCUAGAAGUUCUUAAGCUAAGGAACAACUUGUUUGAGGGUAUAUCGCUGUAUAGGAAUGCUAAGAUGAAUUGGUUGGAUAUAUCUGGAAAUCGCAUGAUAGGUACUAUUCUCGACAAUAUACAAAAGUUCUUUCCCAACAUUAAGUAUUUGAAUUUGUCCAUGAAUGCUUUAAGUGGUGUUAUCCCAUCCUCAAUUGGCGAAUCGAGUGAAUUAGAGAUGCUGGAUUUAUCUGGUAAUGGGUUAUCAGGAGAAGUACCAAAGGGAUUGUUUACAGGUACUAUGGAUACAUUAAUACUAUCAAAGAACAAAUUGCAUGGCCAGAUACUCUCAGGAAACUUAAGCUGGGGUUACCUCCAAUGGGUUUACUUAGACAACAAUCAUUUCACAGGGAAAAUUGGAAAUUACAACAAAGAAAGACCUGUAUAUCUGAUUGUUCUGGAUAUUAGCAAUAACUUUUUUACAGGUGUCAUCCUUGAAUGGAUAAGCAACAUGGAUGAGUUGUCUGAACUUGUGGGUUCAGAUUCUCUGACCCCCGACAGUGAAGUAUUGGAACCACAAAACGAAGUUCAGUAUACAACAAAAAUGCUCUUUCUUAGCUACAAGGGUGGGAUCCUUGAUUACAUGGCGGGAUUUGAUUUUUCAUGUAACAAAUUAACAGGUGAAAUUCCAGAAGAACUGGGGUUGUUAACCCAACUUCGUGCUUUAAACCUGUCUCACAAUCACCUCACUGGACCCAUUCCAGUGAACUUAUCAAAUCUUGCAAAGAUAGAGAGCUUGGACCUUUCUUCAAAUGGUUUGACCGGAGAAGUUCCAUCAGAACUUAUUAAGCUGACUUCUCUAUCUAUUUUCAAUGUUUCUCACAACAAUCUCUCAGGUAGACUCCCAGAAAUGAAAGCACAGUUUGGCACCUUUACCGAGGCAAGCUAUGAUGGGAAUUCACUUCUUUGUGGGCUGCCAUUGGAGAAGAAAUGUACGACUGAUUCACAGGUGGUGACUAAUCCAUCGGAUGAAGAAGACAAUGAGAAAUGGUAUGGUAUCGAUAUGACAUGCUUUUAUGCAAGUUCUUGUUCCACAUGUUUCGUGUUAUUAUUGGGAUUUGUUGCAAUUCUUUACAACAAUCCUGAGUGGCGUAGAAGGUGGCUAGACUGGGUUGAAGAUUGUAUGUUUAUAUGUUCUUCCUGUGAAAAGUUGCCUCCAAAAUUAGCAAGUGACAAAUAG